GAGAAAAUGCCCAAACUGUGUUCUUCCUCAUGAGCAAUUUCUGUUAUGUAGUUUUGCUUCCACUCCAGGCCUCUUUAUUAGUUGUCUGCACACCAGUUAGCACUUAGCCGGUAUGCCCUAAAUCUAUAUAGUCAUUUGCUCUGGAACACUGGGAGAAGAGAAAAACCUUUGAAACUGUAGCAAUAAUGGUUGAGGUAUGGUGGUCCCUGCUCGGGGCUGCUAUUCCUGCUGUUAUUGCUGGACAAGCUUUCCGACUGAAGAGGAAGCGCGCAGAGGAGCAAAGAAUCAAAAGUGCUCACGGCAGAGAAAAGAAUGCUGAUGAUAUUUUUGUGUGCGAGAGAGUUUGCACGUCAAAGAGAAUGUUGAAGAAGGUCGGCACAUUCUCCAAGGAUCCAAUCCCGGAUACAUGUGUUACAGUUUGUGGCGUUUCCGAGCUUGAUGCAUGUUCUGAUGCCUGUGCUCGUACGGUCUGUGUUAAUCAACAUCAAGUCCCCAACUGGAAUGAUGUGUGCCUCCGUAGAUGUCAAAGUGAAUGUCUUAAACUCUCUGCUACUCGUUCGUCGUAGUCUAUCCUUGUGUCCGAAAUCAGUAUCUGGUUUCCCUUUGUACGCUGUAUUGAAUUAUGGAAUCUUCAACAUAUGUUAGAGGAUUAAUAAUUUUCAAUGUCUAGCAAUUUUGUAAAGUUCCGUUCUGUGUGAUUUUGAACUUGUUGUUGAACAGUUUUGCUUGUUUUCAUGAUAGCAAGGCAAUUAAGUAUU